UGACACUGCUAGGGACAUCUUCCAGGCACAGUCCAGGAGACAAACAGCAGCAUUCUGGCCUGAAGCAAUUUUUUUUUUUUAAUUACCCACCCAGAACAUCUCUACUCCACCCACCAUUCUGGUUCAGGCCCCCUCCCUUUGCUAGCCUUCCUGACCAGUCCUGUAAGCCUCCUCCUCCUGCUCCUCCUCCGUUUCUUUCCAGCUACCUCUGCCCCUCCCUCAGCCUCUCUCUUACUCUCAUUUUUUCGUGAUCUUUCCCCUCAAUUUUUCCUUUUUCCUUUUCUCUCUCCCUCCUCCUCUCACCCUCUCCUUCCCCCUCUCCAUUCCAGAUUUCCGGUUCCCUUCUUGGGGCCAGGAGGGAAGACUCUUCGCUGUUUUCCUCUGCUGUCCUGAGUCUAUCACUCUUCUGCCUAGCCCCCAGCCCCUCUGCAGAGAUGCUGAGUGCCAGAGACAAGCCUCCAGAAGAGAGGGGAGCUGUGGGGCUUCAGGGCUUCGCCAUUGACAAGAGCUUUCUCACCAGCCCCAAAGGCAUCCUUCUGGAAGUCGAACUGGCUCUGACUUUCAUCAUGGCUAUGUGCUUUGCCGCCUCCAUCUCAGCCUACAUGGCAGCCCCACUGCUUGAGUUCCUCAUCACGCUGGCCUUCAUCUUCCUCUAUGCUACCCAGUACUACCAGCGUUUCCAGCGCCUCAACUGGCCCUGUUUGGACUUCCUUCGAUGUGUCAGUGCUGUCGUCAUCCUCCUUGUCGUGUCCUUCGCGGCUGUAGUCUCUCGGGAGGGACCUGCCAUUGCUGCUUUUGUUUUCGGUGUUAUCGUUGUUUUUGUCUUUGUCUAUGAUGCCUUCAAGAUCUACCAGGCAGAGAUGGCACCCAGCCCCACCCCCGGGGACCAAUAGUGAGUGAAUCCCAGAAAUUCUGGUUUCUAUCAUGAAUCCUGUAGUUCCUAAAAGCCUCAGAAACCUGCUGGAUCCCCAGGGGGCCACCCAGCCUGAGGAGAAAUGAGCAGGGGAACAACUCUCCUGCUUCUUGAGGCUCCCCCCAAGGCCAGGAAGCUCACAGAAUCUUGAAUGUGUAUUCAGCCAGCUCUCCAGCAGCAAGACCCAGGUGGCCACUGGACCAAAGAUUGAUGCUGGCAGUUGGGUGGGAAGGGAAGGAAGAGAGGAGACAAGCUGGGGAAGGGGUUGGGUCUGGCUAAACCCUCAGAUUCCAAAGACUGUUCACAAAUUAAAGGUGUCAAAUCCUGGGUCUGAGUCUGUCUCUUUCCCAGUAAGCUAGGUAAGUUCUGAAUGUAGAGGUGUUUUUUUUUUUCUUGGAAGACUCUGUGUGUGUGUGUGUGUGUGUGCACGUGCGCGCACGUGCGUGGAUGUGUGUGUGAGAGAGAGAGUGAGAGAGAUAUGGUAGAAGAGUGAGGGGAUCGUUAACAAGGAUCAGGGAGAAUAUAUUUGCCUAGAGAUUUGUAGAUUUUGGUAAGAGAAAAAAUUAUUUAUACAGAUGUGUUAAGCCAGAUAUUACAAAGAGAAGCAGAUAUGGAAAGAAAAACCAAUCAUAUGGAAAUGCCUGGUGGGGGGGGGAGAGGAAGAGAGAGAGGGAGAGAGAGAGAGCGAGAGAGAGUGAGAGAGAGAGAGACAGAGAGAGAGAGACUGAGACUCUAAGGGACAGAGACAGCAAGCUUUGUUCACUUUGGAUAGUGAAUAACUGGUUAAGAAAAUGGUGUCAGAGAAAACAAUUUGGAUUUCUGGACCAAUAAAAUAUGAGUUCUUGUCCAGGGUUUCAGUGUUCCUAACAAGAGAUGGUAAAAAUGUCUGUAGAUGGUAUACUCAAAUAUAUCUCCUGAGAAGUAUACUCCUUUUCUUUCUUGUAUGUCUUGGAAAAUAGGUGAAUUUUCUAGAAAAGGUGUGAAUUCAUCUCUCCUUAUUUCACCAUGUCCCUUUUUUUCUGGCAUUCAUGACAAUUAGGAGCAAUGAGUUGACACCUCAUUGCUGACAAAGAUCAUAUCUAUGCCUUUGGGUUUCACCUUUAAGUGAGAGGGCCCUCCUGAGGAAGGGGUGUGUGUGUGUGUGUGUGUGUGUGUGUGUGUGUGUGUGUGUGUGUGUGUGUGUGUGUUACAUACAGACAUAGACUCAGUUCUCUGGAGAGAGGCUGGUA